UUCCUGCUCUCCCCUCUCCUAUUUGUUUAUUUAGUAACAGAAGAACCCCUUCAUGUAGCGCACAGGCAUCUCUUCAUCCACAACACAAAAGGCGAUGCACGCACCAAAAAGCAAAGGCGUUUGAAAAGCAGCAGUGCUACAGGGCAGCCUGGGUGCCGUGCUGGGUGCCGUGCCUCUGCCUGCCCUGCUCUGCAAGGAUAUGCAUCACCCCUUGAUUCUGCUGCCCCACACUGCAGGGUAGGGGUCCCUGCUGCCAGCCUCCCCCUGCAGACUAAACAGCCAACAAAGGCUUUUUCCCCCUCAUUCAGAUCCAUUUUCAAAUGGAAACAUUUCAAAGGACUCUCUGCUCUUCUUUCUUUCCUUCUUGCUUUUUGUUUUUGCACUGCAAACAAUUAAUUACGAGCUUAAAAGGAAGUCCCAGCCCUCCUUCCCUCCCGUGAAGUUUACAGGCAGUAAACAUGAAGCGGCUCAGGGCAGGAGUAAAACUGAACAUCCUGUUUUGUCUGAAAUUGAGGCCGUCGUUGUUUCGCUUUUUGCUUUUUAAGAAGCUUUUUGGAAUGAAGGGCAUCGUAGGAGCUCAGUGUUCCUGCCUGGAUAGCGAGCUGUCAGGAUAUUUAGGGAUAAAUGGCAAACCUGCUUCAGGCCAAGGGAAAGCUGCUGUGUUUAUUUGUACGGCCAUUUAACCUUAAGACAUCUGCACUAAAAAUGGCCUCGGAGAGGAGGAAAUCUGGGACAAAGCUCAAUGAAGUGCUCUCUGCUUUCCUCAGUGCCCUUUGCUUGCAGUGCAGUGGGCAGCAGAAAGCACCAUGGGCACCCAAGGACUUUCUCUUACCCCCUCCUGGGAACAAAGCUCUCUUUAAAUCCCCUUUUUACUGCACACAAAGUAGAGGGUAGAGCAGCAACAGGAUUUUCGUCUGUGAGCUGCCAUUUGGAGCCUGCCCACCACGGUGCUGCUUCCUCUUGGCAGGUUGCAGGUGCUGUGCUUCGGGCUGUCAGGCUCUUAUGGUUUCCUCUUUUGGAUCAGAUAGCUUUGGUGGUGGUUAGGAGAUAGGCAGGGAGUGAGUGCACCCAAAGUGCUGCAGGAACCCAAACGCUUGGUGCAGGGGUAUCUGGAGAUAGCAGGUGAUAUGCAGCGAUAAAGGCAAUUCAGAGCAGGGAAGGGCAGCACUGUAGAGAUGGAGGUUUCAGCUUGGGGCCCUUCAUGCUGCUCCAUAGAGGAGGAGAACCAGCAGUUCAGAUGCCUCAGCUUCCCCUUUGGUAUAUCACAGGGUUUUCAAUAUUCCCUUGAGAGGCUGUGGGGCUGGACUCCCAAAGGCAAAAGCAAAGCAAAGAGACACCGAUGUAAAAUGGCAAAUGAGGGUGAAACAUGCUCUCUGAGCCUCAUGUUGCUCCUGCUGACUUUCCAUCGCUGUGAUCCAUAACUCAGUGAUUCUUUGCCCAUAACCUCCAGGAGCUCUGCCUGGCCCCAGAGGGAGGCUGGGAGUAGAGGCAGCAGCUCCCUUAUCCUGCCCUCCUCUAUUGCAGGAGGGCUUCCCCAAAAUCCUGGGGCUCAGCAGCACCUCUCCCUCCUUGAGGGGGAGGAAAAACCUCACAUCAUGCCACAAAAAUGCUCCUCAGCCUUGCCCAAGUGUUGGAGCAAUUCCCAGGCACCACCCAGAGCUGCUCGUGGAGCCCGUUAACUCCUCACAGGAGUCAAACAUAUCCUGAGGAGCCAUAAUAAAAGAGGAAUCCUGCCCAGGAGCCAGCAUGGAGCAGAAGAUCAGCUCGUUCUUUAAUUCCAUCUUGGAACUUGUCCGCACCAAGCACAAAGAGGGUGUCUUCAACACCGUCUGCCUCGCAGUGCUGCUGGGUCUGCCCUUCGUCGUCCUCAUCGCAUCCAUCUUCAUCUGCUGCCACUGCUGCUUCUCCCACUGGAGGAGACAGAACAGGAAGAGGGACAGCCCCAGCAGCAACGGGCAGCUGCAGGCAGAGAGGAACAAGAAAAAGAAGAAGAAGAAGAAGAAGGAUGAGGAGGACCUGUGGAUCUCGGCUCAGCCCAAGCUGCUCUUGCUGGACAAGAGGCCAUCUCUGCCUAUCUAGCGACCAGCUCCGAUGUCUCCAGUCCUUCCAGCUGUGCUACAAGGAGAUGCUCAUACUGCUGCCACUUUAUGGUGACUUUGAAAAGAGGCUGAGCACAUUAGUGGGGUAUGAGAGAACCUGAACAGAGCAAGGCUUGUAGACAUGGGUUUAUGCCCCCCACCAAGGUGAAACCCUCUGCAAAGGACAUACGGCCUGCUGAGCCACCAUGGGGCCAUGCUCACUCUCACCUUGGAGAUGCAAGGCAAACCAAGUGCAGCAUUACAGUGCAGUGCAGACAUCCUGGCCCUCCUGCCCCCAAACCAAAAGCAAUAUGAGUUUCACAGGAUGCACUCAGCCCAACCUCAGAAACCUCAAGUCCCAACGUAAGGCAGCAAAGCAGAAGGCCAUGCUGCCACUCAGCCCAGAGGCAGGAAGGAGCCAGGAAGUUGCAAGACCAGCCCUUUUGCACCGGCACCUAAAAAGUUCCUUAAAAGACUUGUUUUAUACAGACUUGCUUUUAAAGAGCCCACCAUAUUGCAGCAAAGGCUGCAUCACCUCUAUGCUACUGCAAGAGCGGAGACGUAAGCUGACGCUGUGUCAUGGCUUAGCUGUGGCUGUUAGUGUUAUUUAUUGAGUGACUACUAAAGAGCAGGACCAAAGGCCCCUCUGUUACAGGGCUUGGUGCACUGAAUUGCUAUUGGAGCAGCACUUUCCCAGCACAGUCCUCCCCGGGCCACACAUCGGGGGCACGCACAGACCCACAAGCACACAGCACUGCCAGCUGCUGCAUGGCCAUCAGCACAGCUGGAUCUGGGACUGCACCCUGCACUCAUUUCCUUCUCUAUCUCCAUCACCCUCAUUUCUCUGCCUGGCAAAGCCACCAGCUGAUGGCAGCUCCUUGUGCCACCCAUCCUGGUUUGUGCAACUCCAGCAGGGUGGUGAUGCUGACAUCACACCACGGGGCUUGGCUCCAUUUGGCUGCACUGGUGACAGCCUGAAGGCUCCUCACCACUCAAGGGCUUUAAAUUGCCCCCACAUGUGCCUUAUUUUCCACUUUCCUUUGUGACCAUUGAAAUAAACGACUCCCUCCUCCUCCAAAACAGGAAAUGGUGUAUAAUGGUAGAAAGCUUUUAAGCUUUGCCACACGUACACCCAUCCCCCAGACAGGUACUUGCUGGCCAAACCAUGCACUGAACCACUGCAUCGAGUCAAAAGCAAAAGAGAUGUGCCUGUUAUCAUUGGGGUGACGGCCAGCUGAGCAUGAAGGCAAAAGCAGCAUGGUACGGAAACACGGCUGCACUCCCCCUGCAUUGCCAACUCACAACUGUACUUCAAUAUCAGCCUUUUCCUAACGAGUCCAUGCAACAGGAGGGGAAAAAAAACCACCCACAAAACUAUACAUUUUCCUAGAUUCUUAUUGUUUUUUGUACAAAUAUAAAUGACUCUAAAAGUGCAAACAAA